AUGAAGUCUCUCGUGCCCACUGCAGCCCUGUUUGGGGCUGCUCUCGCAGCAUUCGACAAGCCGCUGGGCCCAACCAUCACCGCCGAGGGUCCCAAGGCCAACUCCACGUACGACUAUGUCGUCGUCGGUUCGGGGCCUGGUGGUGCUCCACUCGCUGCCCGUCUGGCCUUGGCCAACUACAGCGUCCUGCUCAUCGAUGCCGGUGAGGACCAUGGACGUGAUCCUCAGGUUGAGGUGCCAGCCUUGCACGUCUUGUCGUCCGAGUACAAGCCAAUUGCCUGGGACUACUUUGUCAACCACUAUUCCGAUGAAACUCAGGCCCGCAAGGACAGCAAGAUGACGUACCGGAAGCCUGAUGGCGAGUUCUACGUCGGCCUGGACCCGCCUGAGGGCUCCGAGCAGCUCGGUAUCCUGUACCCCCGUGUCGGAGCCCUGGGCGGUUGCUCGCAGCACAAUGCCCUGGUUACCAUCCUGCCUCAGGACAACGACUGGGAGCACAUCUCUCAGAUCACGGGCGACGCCACGUGGGGCGCCGACAGCAUGCGCGAGUACUACAAGAAGCUGGAGAACUGUCACUACCUCCCCGGGGCCCUGGACAGCUCGUCCCACGGUUACGACGGGUGGCUGCAGACGCAGACCACGCCGGCGAUCCUGAUCGUGGAGGAUCUCAAGGUCCUCUCUCUCGUCCUUGCGGCCGCCACCACCAUGGGCAAGGGCCUGCUCGGCAAGGUCAUCAACACCGUCACUGGUCUGCUGGAGAUCCUCGCCCUGGACGUCAACACCGACUUGGAAACUCGUGACAAGUUCGACGACAUCUACCAGAUCCCUCUCUCCAUGAAGGACCCCGAGUACUCGCGUUCCUCUCCCCGUGACUUUGUCUACGAUAUUGCCACCGCCACCAACGAUGACGGCUCCAAGAAGUACAAGCUCGACCUCGCCCUCAACACGCUCGUCACCAAGGUCAACUUCGACGAGAGCGGCGACAAGCCCCGUGCCACCGGUGUGGAGUACCUCUACGGCCAGAGCAUUUACCGUGCCGACCAGCGCGCCAGCAAGACGGAGGACGGCGGCGUCGCCGGCCAGGUCUUCGCCAGCAAGGAGGUGAUCGUCUCCGCGGGAGCCUUCAACACGCCGCAGCUCCUCAAGCUCAGCGGCGUGGGCCCCAGAGCCGAGCUCGAGUCGUUCGACAUACCCGUCGUCAAGGACCUCCCCGGCGUGGGCGGCAACAUGCAGGACCGGUACGAGGUGGGCAUCGUCGGCAAGGCGCCGACCGAGUUCUCCCUGCUCAAGAAGUGCACCUUCCUGGACAUCAACGGCACCGAGGGCGGCGAGGACCCCUGCUACAGCCAGUGGGAGGACGGCCUCGCGGGCGGGCUCAAGGGCGGCUACUCCACCAACGGAAUCGCCUUCGGCUACUUCAAGCACUCGAGCGUCGCCGAGAACGGCGACCCUGACCUGUUCCUCGGCGGCGUCCCGGCCGCCUUCCCGGGGUACUACCCGGGCUACGCCGCCGACGCCGUCUCGGACCUGAGCGUCUGGACCUGGCUCACCCUCAAGGGCCACAGCCGCAACAACGCGGGCGUGGUCAACCUGACGAGCGCCAACCCGCGCGACACCCCCGCCAUCACCUUCCACAGCUUCUUCGAGGGCAAGGGCGGCGAGGAGGACCUGCAGGCCGUCUACGAGGGCAUGAAGUACGGCAUCGAGGCCUUCGAGAACCUCGUGCCCCUCGACGGCGCCUUCGAGCGCAUCCGCCCCCCGCCCGAGGUCGAGUCCGAGGAGGACCUCAAGACCUGGGCGCGGGACGAGGCCUGGGGCCACCACGCCAGCUGCACGGCCCCCAUCGGCGCCGAUGAUGACCCGAACGCUGUGCUGGACGGUGACUUCCGUGUGCGCGGUAUUGAUGGCCUGCGGGUUGUGGAUGCGUCCAUCUUCCCCAAGAUCCCUGGCUUCUACAUUGUGCUCGCUAUCUACAUGGCCAGCGAGAAGGCUGCGGAUGUCAUUAUUGCGGAUGCCUUGGCGGCUGCAGCUUGA